CGGCUACGGCACACGCUCCCGUAGUUUCCGUACAUUGUAGGUAGUUUCAAGCUCGUUACAUUUUAGGACAAAUAGUAGGUUUGAAAGUUCGACGUAGUGCUUUAGAUUUUGUGUUACGUUGUUAAAACCUGAUUGUCAACUAAUUAAAGAUUCAGAGCAUGAGUCGCAGAAAUAUGCCAUUUACUGUGAGAUGCUCAGUACGAUGACGAUAAUGGUUGAAAGCCACGAUGGUUUUCUUGCACCGACAGUACAGAUUGUCAAUGUUUGUGUUGUUCUUGACCAUAGAAUGUAUAAUAUCCCUGCAACUCCUGGAUCUUGUGGUGCCGUCAUACGUGCCGUUAGGCACACGCGCGCAGCUGUCGUGUCGCUGGGCUUUGGGCCCCGCGGACAUACUGUACUCCGUCAAGUGGUACAAGGACGGCCGGGAGUUCUUUCGCCAUGUGCCGCGCGACCUCGAGUCGUUCAGGAAGUUCCAGCUGCCAGGAGUCGACGUCGAGGUUUCAGACGAAUCAGGAUCAAACCUAACGUUAACCCCAGCGGUGCCGGCCACAGAAGGGCGAUACCGGUGCGAGGUGUCUGGGGAAGGGCCCCUCUUCCCGACGGUAUCGGAUCACGCUGACUUGAAUGUAAUUGUAUUACCUGACUACGGUCCUAUUAUAACCGGAUUCUACCCCCGGUACCGACUCGGCGAACGUGUUCGGGUCACCUGUACUUCAGGCCCAUCCAGACCAGAGACCACCCUUGCCUGGUACAUUAAUGGAAAACCAGCGCCUUCCUCUGCCAUUACCCAUUUCGACGAAAAGUAUGAAGACCUACAGGUUACGAAGAUGGUGCUCGAUUUUAUAGUAACUGAAGAGUAUUUUAGGAGUAACGGAUUCAAAGUAAAAUGUCUUGCUACACUACCGCCAAUUUACUGGAGAAGCAAUGAAGAAAGUGCAGUGCGUGAGAAGAAAGUAUACGACAAAUUCAUAAGAAUCAAAGAAGAAAGGGGUUCAAAAGCAGAUCGUGUACUUUCUAAGGCGAUAAUAUGCAAUAGCUUAUGGCAAAACGUAGUUAUAGUGUCGAUUUUGUGUUUUAAACUAUGCUAA